UUUUUUUUUUUUUUUUGGGGGGGGUGAAAAGCGUAAAGCCACUUUAAUAAAAGUGGAUGGUAAAAGAUUUGAGAAGAGCUCGUGCGUCUGUUUGGAGAGAUAACUACAAGGUUGUUGCCAUGGCGGUACACUUGGCGUCUCCUCGCGGUCUGCUGUCGGAUGAGGAGGAGGGCGGAGCCGCUGUCUUCGAGUCGACAGCUGCAGACAUCUGCGCUCUUGCUGGACCUCGCACCUGCGACGCCGCUUUGCCCGAGGUCUCCCUCAUCUUCCCCGGAGCAGAGCCCCGCAAAAUGGGGCCGGAGGAGAAGGUGGGGGCAGGAAGACGGGGCAGCGAGGAGGAAGAUGGGACCCCUGAGAAAGUCAGGGUGUACCUGCGCGUUCGACCACUGACGGAGCUGGAGAAGGGCAGAGGGGAAGACCAGGGUUGUGUGUGCAUCCAGAGUGAGGAGACCCUGAUUCUACAAGCCCCCAAGCACUCUUUCAACAUGAAGAGCAGCGAAAGAGGAGUUGGCCAGAGCUUGCACAAGUUCACCUUCACACAGAUAUCCGGACCGGACACGACGCAGCAAGAGUUCUUCGAGCGGACCAUGCGGGAGAACGUACGGGACGUCCUGCGUGGAGAAAACAGGCUUCUGUACACCUACGGUGUCACCAACUCUGGCAAGACCUACACUGUGCAGGGGUUACGCCAUGACGCUGGGCUCCUCCCACGGGCUCUGGUCUCCGUGUUCGGGAAGCUACAGGGCCGGCUGUACGGUGCCCUGGAUCUGAAGCCCAUCCUCUGUCAGGAGGUCCGCUGGCUGGACAGCAAUGAGGUUCGGGCUGAGGAGAUACGCCGAGACACCCUUCUGAAGGAGGAGGAAGCCCUGACUUCCCAGCCAUCUCGGGUACGAGGGGGUGCCAGUGUCAGCUGUGACAGUGGCAUCGGGGGAGUCUCUUCCAUGAGCUGCAUCACCACCCACCUAGAAGAUUCGGACAGUGUGUGUCUGGACACGGACAGCCUCUCCCACAGCGGGGAUGGGGGCUUGGAGGAGGGGGUUCAGUUCUCCGUGUGGGUGUCAUUCUUUGAGAUCUACAAUGAGUUCCUCUAUGACCUGUUGGAGACGCCAUCCUCACUGCAACCCAGGAAAAGGGCCACACUGCGACUGAGUGACGAUCGCUACGGCAACCCCUAUGUCAAGGACCUCACCUGGGUACAGGUGCGCAGCGCCGAGGAAGCGUGGAAGGUGUUGAAGGUGGGCCGGCGCAACCAGAGCUUUGCCAGCACACAUCUGAACCACAACUCCAGCCGCAGCCACAGCAUCUUCUCCAUCCGAAUCCUGCACAUUCGCCCAGAGAUGGAGCUGGGAAAAGGCACCCAGAUCAGCGAGCUGACGGUGUGUGACUUGGCCGGGUCGGAGCGCUGUAAAGACCAAAGCAGCGGGGAGCGCAUGAAGGAGGCCAACAACAUCAACACCUCCCUCCACACGUUGGGUCGCUGCAUCGCUGCCCUGAGACACAACCAGACUAAUAGGUCUCGGCCGCCCAUGGUGGUGCCAUUCAGGGACAGCAAACUGACGCGUGUCCUGCAGGGCUUCUUCUGCGGCCGCGGGCGUUCCGUCAUGGUGGUGAACAUAAACCCCUGCGCCUCCAUGUACGACGAGACGCUGCAGGCGCUCAAGUUCUCGGCCAUCGCCACGCAGUUGGUGCACGCAGCGCCCUCCAGGACACGCGUAGCCUAUAUCCAGGCCCUGCUGCGGGAGCAUGCCCUCCGCAGCCAGAACGCCACGCUGGAGGAGGAGCAGGAGGAGUACAGCGACGACGAAAACCAGGAGGACGGAGAUGUCACUAUGUUCGAUUCAGAGGCGCUACUGCGGGCCAUCGAGGUGCUCAAGGCAGAGGUGCACAGACAGAGAAAGGAGAAGGAGGAGUUGGAGGGCAACGUGAGGGAACAGGUCUGCAGUGAGAUGAUGGAGGUCAUCACGCGCAUGGAAAAUGACUUCAGUGAGACCCUGGAGACGGAGAGAGCGUUGAUGGAGGAGCGGUAUGAGGAAAAGAUCAGCAAUCUGCAGAAGAACCUGAAGAGAUACUACACUGAGGAGAUAGAGGAACGAGACGAACAGAUCGAGUUCCUCACUGCUGCCUUGCAGAAGAGUAGAGAGGCAGCUGAUGCUGAGCUGGGAGCUGACCUCUCCAGUCAGAGCGGCCUCCGUCGCUCCAGGCGCCUGGCAUCUGCCUCUGCCUCUUCGUCUUCCUCGGCCCAGAUGGCUGGCGAGCUGAUGACUGGCGAGUUGAGCAGGGUGCGAGCAGAGCUGGAGCAAUGCAGGGCUGAGCUGCUGGCGAAAACGAAAGAGCUGAGGCAGUACCAGGACCUGCUCAUUCUGCCUCCCCCCGCUGGAACCCUGACCGCUGCUGCCGAUCGCAAGCUCCAGGAGGGACAGAGAAGUCUCCGACAGUUGCGCUUGGACCUGCAGCGGCUGGGGCUGGACCUGCAGUCGGCGGAGAGAGCGUGCUGCAGCAACACGGGCGGCGAGAGAUUACGCCAAGCGCUGGCCGCUGCGGACGACACUCUGGCCAAGCAGGGUCAGGCCCUGGCCGAGCUGCAGAACAGCCUGCUGCUGGUGAAGAUGGACCUGCGGAAGAAAACGGACAGCCUGGCUGAGAUGCAGGCCCGGGUGCCCGCAGCCCCCACGGCUCCGGCCCCCAGCUCUUGUAAGAGACGGGGGUGUGGGGGUGCCAUCCUUGAUACCGAGAACCAGCCCCACAAGAAGCGACCGUUGCUGCACUCUCUCUUUGGGCAUCGCACCGUGACCCGUGGCGCACAGGCGUCCCGUACCCCCACCGCCCCCAGCACGCCCUACAGCCGAAUACUGCGGUCGCGCCAACGCUCCCCCCCGGGAAGCCCUACAAUUAGGGGCUUUGUUUUCUAACUCCGGUCUCCUUCCCCGUCAUGAUUCACUCCUUUUUCCUGUGUUCCACACCUAUGCAUACUUUGAGUCUAUAUACACGUUCUUGGAUGUAGAGCACGUGUGUCGAAUGUGUUGCAGCAAAACCAAAACUGAUUGGACACACCGGCCUGAAGGUCAGCAGAGACCCGAAACAAAACUAUUACUUUAUUAUAUUUUCCUUUUGAUUCGUUUUUAAACUCUUAUUUUAUCUUCUUGAUGAGGUGGUCCAGUGUACUCGAUCUCUGGCAUUCAGCGCCAAUGUUAUGGUGCGUUAGUGGUGGGAAAGGUGUUUCACGUGUUUGUUCUGAGUCUUCCACGCCUGUUAGUGGAUCACCUUUGUACUGCGCAGGUGUUUGUGUGUGUGUCUGUGUGUGAGAGAGAUCAGCAUCCAUCCCAAGAGCCAGUGCACCAACACAAUAGGGUGGUCUUCCCAGGAACCUGGUGCUCGGCCCUUAACCGGAGCGACGCACAGCCGCACCCGUUGCCGUACGGAGCUGUGUGUAUACGGUCGCACAGAUUUGAUGUUCAAAGUCAAAACUGCAAGCCCUUCUAACAGUCCUAAUACAGCUGAAUUGCCACCUUGCAGCUUUUUUUUAUGCUUCAUGUCAAGGACUAAUAACACGCAUCACUUGGGACCAGAUUUACCUUCGGUGAGAUUGCAAUUCACCAGGAGCCUUCGACCAAGACCAACAUUAUUGUAUUCUUUGCACGGGUUGUCGGCCGCUGCAGUAAUUUUCACAAGCUUCCAAACACAAAUAUUGUUAUGCAACCAUUACUAUACAAAUAUUUGUCUACCUUUUUAUUUCACCCUUUCAUGUUCAACUUUUUUUUUUCCUUCCAUGUGAUAUUUUGUCAUGGCAGCGGAUAACAGGCGGAGACGCACUGGUUGUUCUUAUGUGGUGAUGUGCGAUUGGGAUUUGAAUAUAGCUGCUGUGAGUGUGUGUGUGUUCUUUAACACUUGUGCAAUAUGCAUGUAAAAUAAUCGUAUAUAUUUGCUUGUUUUUAAUUAAAAAAAGUAAU